UGUGUCUCCUCUGCCCCGCAGUGGUUGAACCAGAGCCACAACGCGUGUGUGAACUAUGCAAACCGCAACGCGAGCAAGCCUUCUCCAACGUCCAAGUUCAUCCAGGGCUACUUGGGAGCUGUCAUAAGUGCUGUGUCGAUAGCAGUCGGCCUUAACGUUCUGAUCCAGAGAGCCAACAAGUUCAGCCCGGCCACUCGCCUCCUCAUCCAGAGAUUUGUGCCAUUCCCUGCUGUGGCCAGCGCCAACAUCUGUAACGUGGUGCUGAUGCGGCACGCGGAGCUGGAGGAAGGCAUCGAUGUGCUGGACGACAAAGGCAACGUGGUCGGCUCCUCCAGGGUGGCUGCCAAACACGCUCUGCUGGAAACAGCCCUGACCAGGGUGGUCCUGCCCAUGCCUAUACUGGUUCUACCUCCCAUCAUCAUGUCCGUGCUGGAGAAAACUUCUCUCCUGAGGUCCCGGCCCCGGAUGCUUCUCCCGGUCCAAAGCCUCGUGUGCCUCGCUGCCUUUGGCCUGGCCCUGCCCUUGGCCAUCAGCCUCUUCCCACAGAUGUCUGAGAUCGAGACAUCCCAGCUGGAGCCAGAGAUCGCCAUGGCCACCAGCAGUAAGACUGUGGUCUACAACAAAGGCUUGUGAGUGCCCGAGGAGAAUCCCAGCCCUGGAGGUCUGGGGAGGGGAGAGGGGAAGCUCCAGACCCCGCCUGGGAGGAAGCAAAAAACAAGAAGAAGAAGAAGAAGAAGAAGAUGAAAUAACAGAGCUCAGUGAUAGGAGCUGCUCCCGGCAGCCCGGGAGCGAAUUAACACCUGCAGAGAACUGACACCUCACACCACUCUAAAAGAUUCAUAUUAAAAGUUUUAACCUAGCAACAGGAGCAGCGACUACAACAA